AUGUCGGAAAAGUAUCAAGAUGUCGAUGCUGUCGUCCGAGAGCUUAACAAAGUGGCAGCAUUGACAAAUGCACUCAACAUAGUCGGAGCUAUCGCAAUAUUCCAGCUCGGACUAUUUACUAUUCGCCAAUUGAGCUUCCACCCGCAGCUUAACGUGCUGGCUCGCACUGUUGUGAAUUCCCUUCGACAAUUCCGCGACUUUGUUUUUGUUUUUCUUAUCAUUUUCAUCACAUUCACGUCCAUGGGAAAUGUCCUGUUUGGUGGCCAAGUUCAUGAGUUCUCGACUGCUGCGUUGUCCAGAGAGGCCUGCAUGGACAUGCUAUUCGGAACUUUUAAUUUCAAUACCAUCGUCACUAUUCGAGGUUCUAGUUUGUUUUAUUGGGGCUACAUGACCAUUGUGAGUCUCAUUCUUCUCAACAUGAUGUUGGCUAUUGUGAUGGAGACCUACAAAGCCAUGAGCAAGGACGGGUAUCAGGGAGAGAUUAACGUGUUGCUAGCCACUAGAAUCUCCUAUAUCUACCGCUACCCGUGGCAGUUCUUGAUCAAGCAUUUAAAAGCGUUUUCCAAGUACGUGGUUCGACAAAUGGGAUGCGGAAAAGACGGUCACUCGAUGGAAAUGGAAAGCAGCAAAUUGAGCCACUCCGAUGUGAUUGUGAACGGCAAAUUCCGACCGCCAGUGUUGCUGAUGGUAUUGAAGAAAAAGCUGAAAGAUGAUGGAGCAUACUUCGACGACGAUGCUGACCCCGACGCUUUUGCGCGGCUUCUUUCCCUACUGUGCAGUCUCCGACAAGGAAAUGAUUGA